AUGUCCCCCCUUCCAGGCCAAGCCUCCUUCAGCACGGCCACAACCGCUGUUGCUAGCCAGGGCGUGGCCUACCCCUCGGUUGAGGAGUUCACGUCUUUCAAGCUUCCUGCGACCCCGAAAAUCGUUGAGCCCAACUGCGACAGCGUCUCUGAGGAGUCCAACAAGGAGGACAAGCUUGAGCCUCGUCCUGCGACCCCUACGCCUCCUUCGCCCGUUUCGACCGAGUCCUCGGAUCUGCAGAUCAAUGACGAUACUCCCACCAACGUCCGCGGAGAGUCGAUGAUCUUCCCAAGGCAGCCUCUCUCGGUCCCCAGAUCUUCGAACGCGACCCUGGGAACUCCUCGUUGGCCUUUCCAGAAUGCGACCCCGCGCCCCUCCGUCAUGGUCCCCAUGACCCGCAGCGUGACGGCAUCGACAACGCAGUGGCUGGAUGUCAGACGCAGCCAUCCUCCUGAAGUCAGCAUGACCGAGUCGCUUGAUGAGUUUCAGAUCAACCAUCCCCACGCUCGCAUGCUCGCUCUUCAUCCCGCGAACCUCAGCCUUCACUUGCCUCAUACUCCUCACCAGAUCCGCCACUUCCCCCAGCUGGUCGAGACCCCUUUCCGCCCCGCUGGGCCGGCACCCGAUGCUCCUCAGCCUCGCAAGAAUCGCAGCGGCAACUUCUUCGACUGGAGCCGCCGACUCCUCAAGUUUGGCCUCCGCAGCAGCCAUGGCAAGCGAAACAGUGCUAUCAAGCCCAAGACUUGGUGGUACCAACGCAUCAGCACUCAGAAGGACAUGUUCUAUGGAUGCACCCUCUUCGCUUUGUUCUUCCUCAUCAACUUUACCAUCGCCACGACCAUGUUCGCUACUAUUCAGCACUUCACCAAGAGAACACCUUUCUGGCUUGCCAUCUGGGAAAUUGUCAGCCUUUGCCUUUUCGCAUUCACCUCCGUCAUCUGGAUUCUCAUGUUCCGUUUUCGCAGGUCCGUUCACGUCGACGAAGAGAGCAGAGGCCGAUCCAUUAUGCCCAGGGCCUGCAACGAGACUCACAUCCCGGCUAGCCCCCGCGAGAUUGAGCACCGACGCACCCUCGGCGCUGCCUCCCAACGCGAACAGCGGAUUCAGAGCAUGCAGCAGUCGGAUAAGGUUGACUCUGCACCUCACGCAGUUCAAAUCACCGAGAUCCCCGAGGAGGCGACAGUUGCACAGGCCGUCGAUCAUCCCGACAACUACGUUGUCACCGAGGAGAACAUCAUGGCUACUAUUCCCCGCAACAACACCAACGAGCAAAUCGAGAACUACUGGACUGACGUCUCUCUCCUCCCCACCUCGCAGUCGCAGGUCAGCUCCAUCACUGCCGUCAUUGACACGGCCCCUGCAGUCCCCACCAACACUCCUCGAUCCGAGCGCUAG